GCUCCCUCCAUCCAACGGCUACGUGGCGUGAGGAUUUUGAAAAAUUAGAGGCGUGUCUUCUAACGGUUUAUCCUCUCUCUAUGCCCUUUCUCGAAGAUCAAAAACGGAAACAAAUCAAAUACUCUCGAUCCGUCUAUCCAUGCCUAUGUACAUCAUCAUCAUCAUCAUCUUGAGGAAUCAAAACAGGACGAGGUUACUUUUCCCUCUUUUCCCAUCUGAUUGUUUAUUGUCUAAGAAAACAGAGAACCUAUUCCAAAACCACCUUUCAAGUUUACCGACACACCAUCUUCUCUCUCUGUUGUCUCUCUCUAUUUCUGGCUCUUUGUACAAGCAAAGUGGGUGAGGCUGAUAAUGAUGGCGGAGACGCCGAUGCCGGUGGUGGAGGAGAAAGAGAAUCAUGAUUUGAACCCUAGUUUAUCAGCUUCGAUGAGUACAAGUUCUAGCGAUGUCUCCGUCGAUUUUGUUUUACCAAUUAAAGUCCAUGAUGUCACUGAUGAAUCUUCUUCGGCCAUCACUGACUCUCUCAGCCUUCCCCACCACCCAGACACAGGAUUACUUGACAGGAGUUUGCCUAGACCGAACAUUGUGGAUGUGGAAAGAUCAACUGCAGAUAAAUCAGAGUUGGCCUCCAGUCAGCUUACUAAAACUGGGGGACGUCGACAAGACAAGAAUUCUGGUGUAUUGGCAGCUAAACUUUUUGAUGACAAAAUUCCUCUUAAAAAGAAGCUCAAGUGGGUGAAUCGACUUGCUACGGUUAAAAAUGAUGGAACUGUGCAGUUUGAAGUUCCAGGAGAUAUUAAACCCCAAACCCUUGAUUUUGGAACUGGAGUUGUUUAUAAUGGAACUACUGGUGAUGAACCUGUUGAUGCUAUAGUCAUUCCAGAUCUACCUCCACUGCAAAUUGUUAUGCUUAUUGUUGGAACACGGGGGGAUGUACAGCCAUUUGUUGCCAUUGGCAAACGUUUACAGGAAUUUGGUCAUAGGGUGCGACUAGCGACUCACUCUAAUUUCAAGGAGUUUGUGUUGGCUGCUGGAUUGGAAUUUUUUCCUCUUGGUGGAGAUCCAAAAGUUCUUGUUGGUUACAUGGUAAAAAAUAAAGGGUUCUUGCCAUCUGGACCUUCAGAAAUACCCAUUCAGCGAAAUCAAAUAAAGGAAAUCAUAUUCUCCUUACUUCCUGCAUGCACAGAUCCUGAUCCGGAUACUACAGUUCCAUUUAAAGUGGAUGCAAUAAUUGCCAAUCCCCCUGCAUAUGGACAUACGCAUGUUGCAGAGGCACUAAAUGUACCACUCCAUAUAUUUUUCACAAUGCCAUGGACGCCUACCAGCGAGUUUCCACAUCCUUUUUCUCGUGUUAAACAACAAGUUGGAUAUAGACUAUCAUAUCAAAUUGUUGAUGCACUAAUUUGGCUUGGAAUACGGGACCUAAUAAAUGAGUUUAGGAAGAAAAAAUUGAAGCUAAGACCUGUGACAUAUUUAAGCGGUUCUUAUAGUUCUCCAGAUGUGCCUUAUGGAUAUCUUUGGUGUCCUCAUCUUGUUCCCAAACCUAAAGAUUGGGGACCUAAGAUUGAUGUGGUUGGGUUUUGUUUCCUAGACCUUGCCGCAAAUUAUGUACCUCCAGAUUCACUUGUGCAAUGGUUGGAAAAUGGUAGAGCGCCCAUCUACAUUGGAUUCGGUAGCCUUCCUGUUCAAGAACCAGAGGAAAUGACCAACAUAAUUGUUAAGGCUCUUCAAUUGACUGGUCAAAGAGGCAUCAUUAACAAAGGCUGGGGUGGCCUAGGGAACUUGGCAGAACCAAAGGACUUUGUGUACUUAUUGGACAAUUGCCCUCAUGACUGGUUAUUCUUACAAUGUGCUGCUGUGGUGCAUCAUGGGGGGGCAGGAACAACCGCUGCUGGUCUUAAAGCUGCGUGCCCAACAACUGUUGUUCCUUUCUUUGGGGACCAACCAUUUUGGGGAGAGCGGGUUCAUGCCAGGGGAAUAGGUCCUCCACCCAUCCCUAUUGAGGAGUUCUCACUUGAAAAGUUAGUUAAUGCAAUACAUUUCAUGCAGGAUCCUAUGGUAAUCAUUCUCACUAGCAUUUUUCUUGCUGUUAUUAUUGUUAUAUGUUAAUGGUAUGCAGCUUGUGCCCUUUUUGAACACUGAUAUUGUGUAGCUAGCUAUCCAUAAAUACGAAACUAACUACUUGGCCCCUGGGGAAAUUGAAGUAGAUAAUUGGAAAAUUCCAAUGCUGCAAUAUUAUUCUCAAGACGUAAAAAAAUAAAAAGUGAAACUAAUUUACAAUAAUGUUAGUGUUUUUGGAUGUCACAAAACAAGGAAUAUCACUUAAUUACUCGAAAACCCUUUUGUAUUGUGAGGGGGUGACAAAAGUUCAGGAGACACAGACUCUUUUGAAAUUUUUGAAUUUAACAUCAAGCUUGUGGGAGUGAUGAGCAUGUGCAGGUUUGUUACACAAUUUCAUGUUGUAUGGUGGUCAGGAUUUCAAGUGUCAUAGUUUUGGUUGCUCAUAGCAUAUUUGUUAACGGAAAAGUUGAUAAAGGUAGCUUAUGUUG